AUGUCAUUGGACAGUGAGCAGGAUGACCAGAAGAAACAAAAAGAGCAGAUGGGAAUGAUCUUAGAAGAGCUUCCAGAAAAUCUGAUCAGGUUUACAUCGUUGAUGGUAAAGACAUUUUAUGGCAGAGAACAUUACAUUGUUUUGGAUUAUGUGCAAAGAAACAAAUGCAUCAAGGAAGAUGAUCUCAGACAGUUGAUUAAGUUUGAUCAGCGUUUUCUGCGAACAGUUCUAAUGCAGCUAAAAGUUGAUAAAAUUCUGAAGGAACGCUUAGUAUCAGAGGAAACAGAUGGUCGGAUGCGUAAAGUCAAUUACUAUUUUAUUAACUACAAAGCAUUGUUGAAUGUGGCAAAAUAUAAAAUUGACCAUAUGAGACAACGUUUGGAAGUAAAAGAUAAGGAUGAAGUUCAUAAAGCUUCAUAUCGAUGCACUGGUUGUCAGUAUCAAUAUGAUGCCAUGGAAAUGGACAAAAUUUUUGAUCCACUGACACAGGAACUUUGUUGUUGGCGAUGUCAGCAAAGUGUCGAGCCAGAUGAAACUGCUGGCCCAACUUAUGAGACAAGAUCGUCUUUAGCGCGUUUUAAUGAGCAGAUGACGCCAUUCUUUUCAAUGUUGCAAAGCUUGUAUGGUAUACGUCUUGCUAGGCAUUUGGUCGAACCAUCAAUUAAAGUUGUGGAUAAUAUUUUAAUGGAAUCGGACGGAAAACGAAUAAUACCAGUUGGUGAACGACCAUUCGACGAUCAGACAACUGCUUCACGAUCCACGAUGUACCAAAACAGCAUUAUGGUGAGCAUAAUUGAAGAAGGUGUAACUCCGAAUGUCGAACCCAAAAAUCUUGUACCCUGGCUUCAUAGUAGUCAAUCCGACAGUCCUUUGGAUCUGAAUGGAAUCAUAAGUUCCGAAAAAAGCAAAGAUGAUAUCGAUAGUUUACUGGUCACCGAAUUCGAAGAGGUUUUUGAUAUCUUAUUAUCGUGUUUUAGUUGGGCAAAACCGGAAAUAUCUCCUACAGAAGGUACUCAAGAAGCUGUAUAUGACCCGGUUAAUAUCGAAAGUGACGAUGACGAAGUUAUCUUUGUCGCCGGAAAAAAGUAUUAUCUAGACGAAAUCACACCCAAAUUGGUAGCUGAGAUGAAUGCUUCCGAGAAAGAAAUUUACAUACAAAGGACACAAGAAAAUUUUGACUACUGA